UCUGGGCCCGCGCUUCGGACUCAUCGAUUUUCAGAAUGUGCAAAAUGUUCGGUGCGUGGUCCCUGGGUGUGGUGGUGGUGUUCGCGGUGGCCGCUGUGAACUGUGAUGCCGAUGCCGACCAGGGGAUCCUGGGCCUGCUGAGCAAAGAUGGUUCGAUGGCGCGGACAUUCGGACCGAACCACCUGCGCCGGCUGUCGUUUAUCUUCCUCCCCGUGAUGUUCACCCUGGGUGUGAUCAGCACUCUGCUGAUGGCGCUGGCCGUCAUCUCCGUCAAGAACCUGGCUAUUGGAGUGCUCCUGCUCAUCGUGGGCAUGAGUCAGGCUGUAUCUCGCCUCUUCGCUGCUCCAGUGGCACCGGCUCCCCUGGUGUUCCACCCCCGGACUGAGAUCCUCCCCGCCCCCGCGCUGCCCCUCCCCGCUGCGUGGCCCCCCUCUGGCCCGGCAUUUUCCCCCUGGGGAAGAUCAGACAACGAAGCGACGAUCUCCGACUAACGAAGCGAAAUCGAAGUUUCGAAGAAAACGUAAAGUUUUCGAAUUCCGAAGCGACUUCGGAUAGAGUA